AUGGGUAAUUCAACUUCUUCUGUUGAUACAUCAUCAUCAUCGUCGUCCUCUGCAGGAAGGAAGAGGUCUAGUUCUACUCCAGUGUCUGUUGACUCUCUUCCCAUUCCCAGUGGUGGUGACAAUACUACAACAACUUCUUCAAGAUUCCUUCAAGUGAAGGACAACAAUAGCAGAAAGUCCAAGUCGUCAACAUCAUCACCGUCGUCAACAUCUAAAAAGAUCGAAAAGAAGUCAUCGAGCAAAGGAAGUAGCGGUAGUAGCAGCAAAAAGGGUAGUAACAAUAAUAGCAACCCUCAAUCACCCAAUAACAAUAACAAUAGUAAUGAUGGUACUGCUAAUACAAACGCCCCUCCUCCAUCUCCACAAUCUAUAACUGGAUCAUUCUCACCUCCAAUUCAAUCGCAGUCAUUACCAUCGCACUCGUUUAUAUCAUCAUCUUCGCCUUCAAACUCUACCAGUCCUUCAAUCUUACCAACUACAACAACAACAACAAACACAACAACCUCUUCUUCUUCUUCCCUUCUUUCAACCAUUUCAGAAGCUCUGAUUUAUAUAACAUCAGAUGAUGAAAUUGAUUAUACAAGAAAGAAUUUAAGAGAUUUGGAAAAGAAUAAUAUCAAGACUAUAGAUGGUAGUGGUGGUGGUGGAACACUUGAUAAACUAGUAAAGAUACAUCUUGGACACAAUUCAUUAACAACGUUACCAGAUUGGAUUGCAAACGAUUGCAAGAGUCUACAAUGUAUAAAUGUAUAUGAUAAUCAAAUAGAUCGGUUACCAUCGAAUAUAGGUGAGUUGGAGCAUCUAGAGAAAUUAAUCAUUUCCAUGAAUUCCAUUCAAUCAGUCUCUGCCAUUCCAGUCAUCCCCUCACUACAACACCUAUCGAUGGCAUCCAAUUUAAUAGCAGUCUUGGAACAAGAUCACCUCGAUCAAUUUGUAAAUUUAAAACACCUACUAUUGGAUAGAAAUCAAUUAGUAGACAUUCCAUCAUCUUCUUUAUUCCCAACUUCUUCAUUACAACUUCUCAGUCUAUCACACAACCAAAUCAAUAAUCUAAAUUUUAAUCAACCUUUUAUUAAUAUUUUAAAAUUAAAUUUAUCAUAUAAUAAAUUAAAAAAGAUAGAUGGACAAGUUUUAAUACAUUUAAAUCAUUUGGAAGAUUUGGAUUUAUCAUUUAAUGAAAUUAUAAGUUUUGGAGAUUCGUUGGAAUCUGAUCAAUUAUGUAACCUAAGAUCAUUAAAUUUAGAAUCGAAUCAAUUGGAAAGUUUAUGGGAACCAUUAUUCAAGAAUCAAUUUGGAAACCUUGUAUCUUUGAAUUUGGCAUCAAACAAACUUUUAUCUCUACCAACAUCGAUCAAUUGUCUUGGUCGAUUGGAAAUACUAUAUCUUGAUAAUAAUCAAUUAAAUAAUUUACCAUUUUCAUCUUCUUCAUCCUCUUCAUCAUCAUCAUCUCUAUCUUCUUCAUUAAAAGAAUUAUAUGUAAAUAAUAACAAAUUAAAUAAUACUAAUUUAUCAAGUAUAUUCGAAGCUUUUGAAAUAUUGGAAAAGAUUUCAGUUGCUUCAAAUCAAAUCGAUGCCAUAGAGAUUGAUGACUCUACUGCUCUUAAAUCAUUCAAAUCGAUUAGAAUGAUUGACUUGUCAAAUAACAAGCUUAAAACAGUUUCAAAAAAGAUUUAUUCAUUCAAACAACUUAACCAACUAGUACUGGCAAACAACAAGAUUGAAUCAUUGCCAUCAGAAAUUGGUAAAAUGGAUUGGUUGUUGGAUUUGGAUCUAACUAAAAACAAUAUCUUUUUAAAACAACUUCCAAGACAAGUUUAUCAAAAGGGUACUCAAGGUAUUAAAGAUUAUCUUUGUAAAUAA